AUGGCGGUGGACCGAGCCAAUGAGCGGGAGGGGGAGGCUGGGUUGCCUGACGGCCAGGCAGGGUGCCCACCUCUCGGCGGUCCCUCACGGUUCCUUCCAGCCGAGGCCUCGGCCCGGGACGCUGUCCGUGCGGAGCGCCCGUUACACCAAACGGAAAUCGGCGCGCCCGGAAUUCCCGCCCAGGUCCGUCGAGCGUUUCCUGGAGCCAGCCCUGAGGGACGGACACUACCCCCUCCCCCUCCCCCUCCCCCUCCCGGUGUGGGAGUGCAGAGCCAGGAUCUGUCCGGACGGCGGGAGCCCGGAACAGCCAGCGAUAGAGACAGUGUCUCCGGGAGACUGCCCAUGGAGAGACGGGAACCUGGGUCAUCGCGGUCUCCGGGAGAGGAGGGGGACCCGUCGCCGUCUGGGUCACGGGGAACGCCGUGCCGGGAGUCGGCCGGGGCGGCAGAGGGCGGGCGCCUGGAGUGCCCGACAUGCGGGCGCGCCUUCAAGUCCCGCCUGUGGCUGGAGAAGCACCGGGCGUCCCACGGCCGGGCGUACCCGUGCGCCGACUGCGGCAAGAGCUUCGGGCAGCAGCACGGGCUGCGCGCCCACCGGCUGGUGCACACGGGCGAGCGGCCCCACCGCUGCCCGCCGUGCGGCCUGGCCUUUGGGCGCCCCUCCGAGCUGGCGCGGCACCGGUGCCGGGCCCACGGCGCGGUGGGCGCCGCCUCCAGGUCUGGGUCGCCGCCGUGGUGCCCGGAGUGCGGGCGCGGCUUCGCCUACCCCUCGGAGCUGGCCGCCCACCGGCGGGCGCACUCGGGCGAGCGGCCCUUCGCCUGUGGCGAGUGCGGCAAGGCCUUUGCCAGCGCCUCGCACCUGCUGACCCACGGGCGGGUGCACACCGAGGAGCGGGCGCACGGCUGCGCCCAGUGCGGCAAGAGGUUCAAGAGCGCAGGCGAGCUGCGGGUGCACGGGCGGGUGCACACCGGCGAGCGCCCCUUCGCCUGCCCGCUGUGCGGCAAGCGCUUCGGCCAGUCCUCCAAGCUGCAGCGGCACCAGCGGGUGCACACCGGCGAGCGGCCCUAUGUGUGCCCGGACUGCGGGCGCGGUUUCGGCGAGUCCGCCCACCUGCUGGCGCACCGGCUCCUCCACACCGGCGAGCGGCCCUUCGUCUGCCCGCUCUGCGGCAAGGGCUUCACCGUCGCCUCCAGCCUCCUGGCGCACCGGCGCCUGCACACCGGCGAGCGCCCGCACGCGUGCCCGGACUGCGGCAAGCGCUUCGCCGGCGCCGACUGCCUCCUGGCGCACCGCCGGGUGCACACCGGCGAGCGGCCCUUCCCCUGCCCGCUGUGCGGCAAGCGCUUCACCGUCUCCUCCAACCUGCGGCGGCACCAGCGGGUCCACACCGGCGAGCGGCCCUUCCCCUGCCAGGUCUGCGGGCGCCGCUUCAGUCAGAGCUCCCACCUACUCAAGCACCAACGCAUCCACCCCUAGGUGGUGUCGGCUCUCCCACACCAACACCCCCUCCGUCUCCCCUGCCCGCCUCCCCGUGCCCCUCACCUGUGCUCGUCUCCUCCCUGCGCCCAACCAAUGUCCGCUCCCCCAUGCAAACCCCUCUCUCUCUCCCUGUGAGCAUCGAUGCCCUCCCUCUCCCUGUGCCCAUCAAUUCCCCCUCUCUCUCUCUCCCUGUGCCCAUCGAUGCCCUCUCUCUCCCUGUGCCCAUCGAUGCCCUCUCUCUCCCUGUGCCCAUGAAUCCCCCUCUCUCUCUCCCUGUGCCCAUCAAUCCCCUCUCUCUCUCCCUGUGCCCAUCGAUGCCCUCUCUCUCCCUGUGCCCAUGAAUCCCCCCCUCUCUCCCUGUGCCCAUCAAUCCCCCUCUCUCUCUCCCUGUGCCCAUCAAUCCCCUCUCUCUCUCCCUGUGCCCAUCGAUGCCCUCUCUCUCUCCCUGUGCCCAUGAAUCCCCCCCUCUCUCUCCCUGUGCCCAUGAAUCCCCCCCUCUCUCUCCCUGUGCCCAUCAAUCCCCCCUCUCUCUCUCUCCCUGUGCCCAUCAAUCCCCCCAUCUCUCGCCCUGUGCCCAUCAAUGCCCCCUCUCUCUCCCUGUGCCCAUCAUUUCCCCCUCUCUCUCCCUGUGCCCAUCAAUCCCCCCUCUCUCUCCCUGUGCCCAUCAAUUCCCCCUCUCUCUCCCUGUGCCCAUCAAUUCCCCCUCUCUCUCCCUGUGCCCAUCAAUCCCCCCUCUCUCUCCCUGUGCCCAUCAAUGCCCCCUCUCUCUCCCUGUGCCCAUCAAUCCCCCCUCUCUCUCCCUGUGCCCAUCAAUCCCCUCUCUCUCUCUCUCCGUGCCCAUCGAUGCCCUCUCUCUCUCCCUGUGCCCAUCAAUGCCCACUCUCUCACACAAACCCCUCUCUCUCCCCCUGUGCCCAUCGAUGCCCUCUCUCUCUCCCUGUGCCCAUCAAUCCCCCCUCUCUCUCUCUCCCUGUGCCCAUCAAUCCCCCCUCUCUCUCUCCCUGUGACCAUCGACGCCCUCUCUCUCACACAAACCCCUCUAACUCUGACCACACAAAAUCCCCUUAUUCCCAUCACACACAUGCCCUUAGCUGGCGUUGGAACGGAUCAAACGCAAGGAAAUGGGAUGAGUUUAAUUUCAGAGUCAAGUCAGCGCAGAUGGGUGAGACCGUAGUGUCUGUUUCCAGGCUGUAGGUCACUAUUGAUGUAGAAUAACAGAUACCCGGGAGUGAGUUACAGUCUGGAAUCUAAUCGAGGGGUUCGGGGUGGUUUAUAUACAGAAUAACAGAUACCCGGGAGGGAGUUACAGACUGGAAUCUAAUCGAGGGGUU